AUGGAUUCAAUUCCAGAUGAAACACUCAAUGAGAUACUUAAACUGACAAAUAAUAAAUGCCCAUCUUUUGAAGACGCUGAGGAAUACAGUCCAAACAACAAAAACUUUAGCAAUACACAUUCUUUUUCCAUAUCAGAUACAGCUGCUGGACAUUAUACGUCAACAUUUGGGUUAAAAAGAGCCUCCUUCCUGUCGAAGCAAAUUUAUUUUAAAUUUGGCCACAAGCUUGAUGGAAUGGUGCCGAAGACUUGUUUCAUUAGAUCCUACAAGAAGGAUAUAUCGAAAGAUAAGUACCUUGAGCGCAUAGCAUGCGAAUUUAGGGAUGAUGAUCCUUCAGGUUACACAUCAAUAUUCCAGAGUCGUUUACUGGUAGAUCAGAUGAAAGAUCCGGAGACAUUAGACGAUUCAGAUAUGGAUGAAUUGAUGAGUGAUCUCGACCCACUGAAUGACAACAUCUCAUUCGAUAGUGGCAAUGAGGCCAAAUAUCUUGAAGAAGCGGGACUCACCGAGCAAGAAGAGGAUGAAUUGCAUCGUAAGAAACACCCUAGAAUAAAGAAACCGACUACUUUCUCAACGGACUUGUCUCAAGAUUUGAAGCCUGAACAAGAAUAUAUGCUAAUAGGUGAUAACACGAUACAGGUCGCUGGCGAUUCUAAAUGUAUAUCCAAUCAUAUUAGAAUAACUGAUUGUAAGCCAAUUCGGAAUUCUUACCAUGAAGGCACAACAAUAAUUCUAACCGUUCAUUCGGAUGGUACAUUGUAUAGUAUACUCCCUAUUGGGAGACAAUUCUGGAAUCUUCGACAACGUGGGGAAUGGAUGAUCAUUCCUCACCCCAAUGGUGAUCAGUUUGUUUUAGUUGAGAAGAAGAAAGGUGUUUGUAAAUUUUUCAAGUUUUCUUCAAUGUGCAAAUUCUAUAUGGUGAAUAAUUUAUAUCUUGAUGAUACUACAAUAUUAGGUGCAUCUUUCUUUCCGAACCCUUCCACUACAAAUUUCCUUUUGUUUCUACCCUGCAUACGAUACGAAAGAGUGGUAUACUUUUGUAUAGAAUGGGAUAGCAACUCAGAAUACUCGAAAGAAGUUCAUCAGGUAACCUACUUAAAUGGGAAUCCGAAUAUAAACGGCUGCUUACCAGUAGGAUUCAAUCAAUGUCUAGUAUAUUCAAAUUCCGGUGUGGCACAGGUUUCUGCGAAUCAAAUCAUGUCUGGAGAAGUAACUUUUCAGAAUUUCAAUAUAAGAGCAUUAAGAGGUAUAAAAUCCUUCUUUCCAGCUCCAAGUUUACUAGACAAAUUAAAAAAAAUGAAUGAAAAAAGUAUUGAUGGGGCGUUUCUUGGUAUCGACAACUCUUUACUAAGUUCAGCUACCUGCACGGUACUAUCAAUGUCCACUGGGAAUAUUUGUAUCUGCUUAAUGAACGACCAGGAAAAUAUCCAAUUCUAUUCACUAACAAGAUUUAAAGGAGUGAAAGCUGUGGGUCCUGCUAUCGAUCAACCAAACGAUGUAUCUCUCUAUGAUCUAAUUGUGAUAAGUUUUGGGAGGACGUUGAAAUUAACUCUCGAUUUAACUGAUAUAAAGGAAUUAACUAAGACAUCAAACAUUGCGCCACUUUCUUCAAUUUCCAAUAAGACUACAUUGGCAAGUUCCAGCGAAGAAAAUACAAACAUCAUGACUUUCACACCCUCCAAGAAUUAUGGUGAUGAUCCUUCCGAGGUAUGGUUGACAUCACCAGCCACUAUAUCAAAAAUUAGCAAUCCACUACCGGCAAUCAAGACAAGCAUUAUCUGUAAAUCAACUCAAUUUCAGCGGUAUACGAGAAUCCAUAUAAUUGACUGUUCCAAUCUUAUGGAAAACUUAAAGCUCAAUUUAUUUAGCUAUUACGAAGAUGAAGAAGAGCAGCAGGAAAAAAACAAGGAAAAUGCAAACAGAUAUUUGAUAGUUUCGACUGAUUUUCUUUCCGUUUCAAAACCGUAUAUCGUCAAUGUUAAUAAAACUGGGGAGUCAGAUUUAAUUGAAGUUGAAGAUUUUCUAUUUACAGAAAAUGAGGAGACGUUAAAAUUGUUUUUCACUCCUGAGUCUAUUGUCCAAGUUACAACUUCAUCCAUCUUCAUCGUUCCUCAAGUCUCACUAUUGAAUCAUACUGUUGAUGUAGAUAAAGUCCAAUUCACUCCGAGAUGGCAAAUUCAUGGUGCGUGUCGUUUUGGAGAUAUAGUCGUUAUUUGGAAUGCUGAAGAAAGGGCAAUUCAAAUCAUUUAUAAUAUUAAUGAUUUACUGAAGAAAGAUGAAAAGUCGUCAUUCAAGGAAAUUAAAGAACUGACUCAGAAACUCGGUGACGAUUAUACGAAUAUUAACAACGUGGUAUUAAAUGAAAUACCAAAUACAAUGGAUCCAUCAGACAGCAUUCUGCGUUUAUUUGUUUAUACUCAGAAAUCCAUUCUUGAGAUAACUCCAAUUUCUGCUACGUUACCACAUCAUGUGAAUGUUACUUCUGAAUUUAUACCGGAAUUGAAAGACGCAGUGUUAAUAAAUGAUACAGUUUACGCUAUACGUGAAGGGAAUCUAAUGUCAAAUGUUAGAGUAAAUGCUGCCUUUGAACUGGAGAGAUACCGUUUGUUACAUAAUCCGAAAAAGGAUAUUCAAUUAAGGAAAUACGGUAAGGAUAAAUGUAUAUCAUUUACUCAUGAUGAAGUUCAUAUGAUACAGUUGAAGAAGGAUUGUUAUGAAAAUGAGAGAUUCGAUAUCAAGAUUACACACGACGGGAGAUGUGCACCCAUAAUUGAUCUUCAAGUGGAUGCUGAGAACGGCAGACUAUUUAUCCUGACAAGCAAUGGGUUACAAAUUUUAAAUUUGAAGUACCAGACGUGGAAUUACUCCAAUUAUCUAUUAAAAUCUACUCGUUCGGUAAAUAAAGUAUUCCGUUUCAUUGAUAAGAUCAAUAGAAUGAUUGUGGUGAACUUGGAUGCGAAAGAAUGGGAUUGUAUUAAAUUAAGUAAUGGGAAAAUAUUAAGUUUAGGUUCAGAUAUCCUAGUAGAUAAAUUGAAUGCAAAACUUGUUAAUAUGGUUGAAAUUCCACACGAGGGUACGAAUGUACAUUUAUUACUAAAUUAUGAAAAUGUGUUGAAGUUGGUAGAGUUGGUUCCUCAAAAAGGUGGAAUUUUAACGGAACUUGUAUGCUCAUAUACAUUUAAUUCGAAUAUUAAAGAGAAAGUAUUUGUGGAUAAAGAUGGAUCCUUUUUUGUUUUGCAAAUUGGGGAUAAGAAUGGGGACGUUGAUACAUUGGACAAAUUAAUCAAAUUGAGAAUGAGAGAUAAUGUAAUUGAAAAAAUUAAUGAAUUGAAGUUUAAUGGGAAGGGGGAAGUUUGUGAUUUCGAAGUCUGUAACGAUGAUAUAAUCAUGAUUACCAACAAGAGAGACAGUCUCUUCAUGCUCAAACAAUUUUCUGAUCAACACAAGGGAGCGGAACCCAAAUUCUAUCGAUUGUCAGUACCAAAAGAGUGCCGAAUAAACAAGAUCAAGACCCUCGAUGAGAAUUGCUUUUCCGUGGCUGUCCAAUGUGACUACAGAUCAGACUAUGUUGGUGCUAUUCUUCUCUAUAAUCGAAACGGUAUCGAGUUUACAGAUCGCGAUGGAGCAGCCGCUACUUCGCACAUGGAACAUGACGAUAAUAAUGAAUCCAUUUUUGAUAAUGUGGAUUAUUACACUGGAGAGUUAUUUGAUGAAGAUAUCAAUUUCCAGAGGGCUUACGAAGAGUACCAAUAUAAACCACACGAAGAAGUAACCAAUAAAAAGAUCAGAGAGGGGGCCAUAAUACCCACAACUCGUAUGCAAUUGAAAAUAGUGGUGCCAGGACAUCCAUACCAAAGCAUCAGGACGGACAAGAUUAUAAGGGAUAUUGCAUACAAUGGAACGACAAGCAAACUCUACUGUCUAUUGAAUGACCAGACAGUAAUAACACUGGUGCCGCCGGAAUAUUCCAAAUAUCAAUACCGUGUCAACCCAGAUGGUUUGAAUGAAGAUGAGAGCGAAAGUGACAAUGAAGUAGAAAUGACACCCCAGAACAACUACGGAUACGACAUACGACCCAAGAGCAUACCACGAUGGGGGGAGAACCCGAGUGGGUUCAUCAAUACCUCGUUCCAGGACUAUGAGGAUAUUCAUACAGUCUAA